AUGUCUGUUUCAGCACCGAGCGAUGCAGAAGCACCGAUCUCAGCAGAAUCCAGCAGCAAACGCCGCAGUGGAGGUUGGAUCACCUUUCCGUUUAUGAUACCAACGUUCUUCUUCCUCUCAGUAGCAGUGUUCGGUUGGUCAGUUAACUUGAUCGUCUUCUUGAUUGAGCAAUUCAACAUGAAGAGCAUAGCGGCUGCACAGGUUGCCAACAUUGUCAAUGGUUUUAUGUUCAUGUUUCCUGCUCUUGGUGCCAUUGCAGCAGACUCUUUCUUCGGAACCAUUCCUGUUAUCUCUGUUUCAGCUUUAUCUUCUCUAAUGGGUGUUGUUCUGCUGACUCUAACCGUAUCUAUUGAUUCCUUAAGACCGAAACACUGCGAAACAGGGUCAAGCCUAUGCCAAUCCCCGUCGAAACUCCAGCUCGGCGUUCUUUACAUAGCCAUAACUCUAGCCUCUGUUGGAGCAGGUGGGAGCAGGUUCACAUUAGCAACCGCUGGUGCGAAUCAGUUUGAGAAAACAAAAGACCAAGGAAGGUUCUUCAACUGGUACUUCUUCACAUGGUAUUUAGCCGCAGCUACAAGUACAACAGGUGUUAUCUACGCCCAAGAAAACAUCAGCUGGACCUUCGGGUUCGGUCUCUGCUUAGCUGCUAAUCUCUUAGGCCUGGUGGUUUUCAUAUCCGGGAGACGAUUCUACAAGCAUGACAAGCCCUUGGGAAGCCCCUUCACAGGUCUAGUCCGAGUCAUUUUCGCUGCGGUUCUAAAAAGAAAGGCUGUGGUUUCAUCCAAUGAGAAAGACUACCACCGUGAAUCCUCAACGGCAACACCAACAAAGAGUUUCAGGUUCUUUAAUCGUGCAUCAUUGAAACAAGAAGACGAGGUUAAACCAGACGGUACAGUUCUUAAUCCGUGGAGACUAUGCAGUGUCCAGCAAGUGGAAGAUUUCAAAGCAGUCAUAAGAGUCAUCCCUCUUGUGUUAGCCAUUAUUUUCUUGAGCACACCAAUUGCCAUGCAGCUAAGCUUAACGGUUCUUCAAGGUCUAGUGAUGGACCGGAGGCUUGGUCCUAACUUCAAAAUCCCUGCAGGCUCUCUCCAAGUGGUCACACUUCUCUCAACUUGCUUAUUUAUCAUAGUCAACGAUCGGUUUAUCUACCCGCUUUACCAAAAGCUGACCGGAAAGUUCCCCACGCCGCUUCAAAGGGUAGGAGUAGGCCAUGUUUUCAACAUUCUUAGCAUGGGCUUGACUGCUUUAGUUGAAGCAAAGAGGUUGAAGGUAGUAGAGGAUGGUCAGUUUCUUGAAUCAUCAUCAUCCGUUGCUGACAUGUCUGCCUUGUGGCUAUUCCCUUCUCUAGUCAUAGUUGGAAUUGGAGAAUCCUUUCAUUUCCCAGGGAAUGUAGCUUUGUGCUAUCAAGAGUUUCCAGAGUCUAUGAAGAGCACAGCAACUUCGAUAACUUCGGUAGUGAUUGGGAUAUGUUUCUACACAAGCAGUGCUAUAACCGAUCUGAUUCAGAGGACCACUGAUUGGUUACCAGAUGACAUAAACCAUGGAAGAGUUGACAAUGUUUAUUGGGUUUUAGUCAUUGGAGGAGUCUUGAAUCUCGGCUAUUUCCUUGUGUGUUCUUGGUUUUACACAUACAGAAACCUUAAGGAUGAUAAUGAUCAAGAAAAAGAUCCCAAAGAUGUUGCAAUCUAA